AUGACCACCCAUCACGAAAAGCCAACAAAUCGAAAGAUCAGAGAUGAGCAGAAAAAAGAUGAGAGAUAG